UUUAUUAUUUUUGUUAUUUUUGUUUUUUGUUUAUUUAUUUAGUUAGUUUUAGUAUCCUAUUAAUAUUAGUACGAGUAGUUUCCUAAGAGUGUUAAUUUAAAAUUAGUCUACCAAGACUCUUGAAACUAGUAUAACUAGAAGUGGUCAUGACUCCAUUCAAUAACAAUAGAAAAAAUUGUCCAUAAUAGGAUUAAAACUUACUUAAAAAGCCAUAAUAGAACUUACUAUGUUUUAUUCCCCUAAUAGGAGUUAUACGGUUCUACAGGUAUGUUUAACGCUUUAAGCAAUAUCCAAAAUACCCCUGCCUAUGUUUGCCAUUAAGCCGCAGGUGUUACCGGCUAUUUUCGGUAAUCCAUGGAUAAACCAUUUAUGAGUUUCGGCUAUUUCCAGAAAAUCAGUUUCCUAAAUCAGUUGGGAAGUCAGUUGAGGAACCUUUUUGCACAAUGGAUCCUGUUUUACUUGUUAUGGUCAAGGUCGAUGGUUUUUGGGAUUCUGACUAUGUGUUCACCAAUGUGCACACAUGUGGGCUUCAUGUUAACUAUGGUGUUCAAUAUGCUUGUUUUGUUGAUAUGUUGACUGCCAUCCUUUCUCAGUACAAACCUAAUCAUAAUUUCAGGCUUUCUUAUAUGAGAGAUGGAUUCCCUCCUCCUGUAACUAUAAAUGAUCAAUCUACCUUAACAUUUUAUCUUUAUAUCAAGUCUCUUCAACCAGAUUUUCUAAAGUAUCCACUUUGUGUUGAGUUUUAUCCUAUCUCUUCUUCAUAUCCAUCUUUUGUUGUUGUUGAACCUUCUGCUUUUCCUUCAGCUAAAAAUGUUGUCAUUUCUUCAGCUCAUUCACUUUUUGUUGAUGAGAAUGUUGUUGUUUCUUCCCAACAACAUGCCUCCUCACCUGCACUCUCUUUUGAUCAUAGCUCAUCUUUUUGCACUGAAAAUGUUAACAUCUCUGGUAGACACUCUCAAGAUGUUGCUUCUUGUAGUAACACUUUGUCUAGAGCUGUAGAAAUUGAAACAUCUGAAGACAGUGAUGAAGGCAUGGAUGACAUGUCAGAUGGCUUAGUAAUAGAAUCAUCUCAGUCACUGUCAUUUCUCCACAAUUUUGAAGUCAUCACACAGUCCCAUCCUACUUGUCUUGUUCUAUAUGCUAUUUACAAAAGUAAAACAGACCUUAUCCACCAUUUGAAGAUGUAUGCUAUCACAAACCACUUUCAAUACAGAACAAAGACCUCUAGGAAAAUAUCUUUACAUGUUAUUUGCUUAGAUCCAAAAUGUCGUUGGACUGUUCGAGCUGUAAGACUACCUGGCGUACAAAUGUUUCAAAUUAGAAGAUUCUGUCCAGAACACACAUGCUCUAUUGAUUAUAGACAAGGCAAACAUAGACAGGCAACUGCUACUGUGAUAGCAAAACUUAUUGCACACAAAUACCUUGAUGCUUCCAAUAAACCGUACCCACCAAAACAAAUUCGUGAAGACAUGAGUAUGCAAUAUGGAAUUUCCAUGUCAUACAAAAAAUCUUGGAAAGCACAGAAGAAAGCAAUGCAGCUGCAAUUUGGUUCUAAUCUUGAAUCCUAUCAGGUUUUGCCUUCUAUGGCUUAUGUGCUUGAGAUGGCGAAUCCUGGCUCUAUGUUUGAUCUAGUCACAGGGAAGGAUGAUGCAUUUUGUACCUUUUUUAUGUCAUUCAGAGCAUGGAUAGAAGCUUGGCCUCACUGUAGACCUGUUCUUAUACUGGAUGGUUCAUUCCUGAAGGCUUACUAUAAAGGCACUCUUCUUACAGCUUGUUGUCAAGAUGCCAAUGAUCACAUAGUUCCUAUUGCAUUUGGUAUUUGUGAGUCUGAAACAAAAUCUUCUUGGAAAUGGUUUUUAUCCAAACUCUGUCAGUCAAUACAGUACAGACAUGACCUUUAUGUAGUAUCUGAUAGGCAUAAAGGUCUUAUAAAGACUGUUUCUGAAAUCUUGCCACAUGCUAGCCAUGGUUUUUGUGUUGCUCAUCUGCGUCGUAACAUGACACACAAAUUUAGAGGAUCUGCAGCUACUUUGGGAUGGAAGUUCAAAGCUGCCUAUAUGGCAGCAACUGUUAAAGAAUAUGAUGACUACUUAUCCAUGUUGGAUUCUGAAAACUCCAGGAUAAGGACUUGGCUAGACAAAAUAGGUGCUAACACAUGGUCAAAAGUAAUUUCUGGACCAAAGAGAUAUAAUAUUAUGACCUCCAAUUGUGCUGAGUCUAUGAACAAAGUCAAUGUAUGUGCAAGAGAGUAUUCAGUCUCUAAACUUGUUGAUUUUUUGCGUGAAAGGAUGCAACAAUGGUUCACAGAGAGGAAAGAUAAAGCUGAGAAAACAAGUACUAUACUCACACGGAAAUGUGAGAAACGUCUUGUAGCUUUGCAAGCUGAAGCUACACGUAUGAAGGUGAAACCAUCAUGUGCAUAUGAAUUUGAAGUUGUUGAUAGCAGAUGCACGUCCUUUGUGGUCAAUCUCAACUCUAGAAGUUGUACUUGUGGCCACUUUCAACUAGAUCACUUUGUUUGUGUUCAUGCUGUUGCUGCAAUUGCUAUACGCCCACAUCUGUCAUGUUAUACUUACAUUUCUCCUUUUUAUACUAGAGAUGCUUGGCUUGCUACAUGGUCUGUUAUUAUGCAUCCAAUUGUUGAUCGUGACAGUUGGUCUGUUCCUGCUACUAUUCAAAACCAACUAUGCAAGCCACCAACUUGUAUGAAGCGUCCUCCUGGUCGCCCGAAGAAAUCCAGGAUUCCAUCCAUUGGAGAAUAUAGAGGUUCAAAAAGACAAAAAUGUUCUAGAUGCCAUGUGCUUGGCCAUAAUAAGAAAACUUGUAGGAAUCUCAUUCCAAUCAAUACCCAGUGAUACCCAUGGCUAAUUCAUUGUAUUUUGUCUUUUGUUUUUAUAAAGUACUUUUAAGAAUUCUAUUAUGUGGUUUGGACACAGUUAUCAUUUGUUUAAAUGUUCUGCCAUUUAGUUUUCAGGCCUUGUGUUUUGGCAUUUUGUUUACUCGUAACUGACAUAUGUCAGAUUUGAUGGCAAUUUCUGUUCACAAUUGAUGACAGUUUGUUAUGGAGAGA